GUUUAUACAACUCUAAGCUAAGCCAGUCCAAGCCGAAGAUCGAGCUUGAAAAGCUAGCCAGCUAGCGAGCGGGUACAAAGAUGGGAAGGAGGAUUGACGCGUUCUUUGGAAAGAACGUGAAGAAGAGCGGCGACAAGUUCAGAGCCACCGCAAGCCUCGCCAUUUCCCGCCUCGCCGUCCUCAAGAAGCAGCGCCAUGCACGGUGCUCCAUCGCCCGCUCCGAUGUCCUUCAGCUCCUACACCUUUCUCACCAUCAAAGGGCUCUUCUUCGUGUAGAGCAAGUGAUAAAGGAGCAGAACAUGUUGGAUGUGUUGCUCAUGGUAGAAGGCUAUUGCUUUCUGCUGCUAGAAAGGGUCAUCCAGUUAGAACAUCAAAAGGAUUGUCCGGAUGAAUUAAAGGAAGCAAUAUCCAGCUUAAUCUUUGCAGCUUCAAGGUGUGGGGAUUUUCCGGAACUUCAAGAGCUUCAAGCACUUUUUUCCUCAAAAUUUGGAAAGGAAUUCACCGCCAGAGCUGUUGACCUAAGGAACAACUGUGGAGUCAAUCCAAAGAUGAUUCAAAAGCUGUCGACUAGAACGCCUAGCUACGAAAGCAGAUUGAUGGUCCUUAAAGAAAUUGCACAAGAAAACAAUAUCAUUCUGAAGAUAGAUGACACAGAUGAAGAAUCAACCAAGGUAUACAUACACACUUCAUACCUUAUUUUCUUUGUUUAUAUACUAGAACAUCCUAAUUAUAUGCAAUACCCUGAAUUCAUAAGAGAGUUGAAAAGAAUUACAAAAGGAUUACAAGUAAUGCGGUCUGUAGCGGAACAGCAACACACUUCACCAUAAUAUUGUGGUUUGUAUUACAAACAAAAUGCAUCUUCUUAUAAGGGAACCAUUUGUUAAGGAUUCUGUAGCUAAGCAGACUUCUUGAGCGUAGUUGCGUAGUUCUAGGAUAAGCGUGCUUUUUUAGGAUGAGGAACUCGAGUAAUGUGCUCACGAGCGAGGAAAGUACCUGUUGGGCCGUGGGUAUGCGGUGACAGCAAUCUGAAAGCCUGCAGGUGGAAUCGAACCGCGUGACGCUUCGCUUGUGCUAUAAAGGGAGAGGAGCAUGUUACACUAUCAGCGAUUAAUUUUAGUGUAACGGUAAGCGCAAUGAUCCACAGUACCGAACCUCGAGAGUGACCAGUAGUAACAUUCAUUGACGAGUAGUCGAGUACUUGAGGGGUCGGGGUGUUACAUAAAAUGAUCGAAGUAUCUCAAUUCUCAAACUAGCUAAAUAUGAAGAACUGAACAACCUACCUAAUACAACAAAAGCUCCUUUGGAAAAUUUAAACCUUAUGCUUAACAUGAUAUGCUUAAGAUCUAUUGCUUCAUCAGAUAAUGAUGUGCUAGUCGUGAUUGCAGGGGCAAAAGUAUGAUGGGAAUAGGCCAGACCGGGCAGAUCAGCAUAUUCCCGUGUUAGAUCAAAAUCCAGAAAUGGAAGUGAAUAGAAAGUACAAGGAUGUGGCUGAUGCUGCCCAAGCAGCCUUUGAGUCAGCAGCUUAUGCAGCAGCAGCUGCCAGAGCUGCCGUGGAACUCUCGCGUUACGAAUCUGGUGGCAGUGGCGGUGGUUGUGAUUGUUCUGAUCAUUCACCACACACUCCCAGCAGGUGGCACAAAGCAAAAGCUCCACAAGGAGGUAAUGAAGAAAAAGACCUUACUGAAACUGAAGAUGUUAAAGAAGAUAUGGUUACAGAUGAUUUUCAUGAGGAUAAGAGCCCUACUACCUCAGCCAGAACCAACCCGACUUAUCAUUGGUGACAAAAGAACAACCACAGAUUCAGAACUCUACUAGCUAUGUGCAGAUUUUGUUAGUUUAUUAAUGGGUACUAUGAUGAUUAGUUUGAGAGUGUAUGUCUGAUAAGGAGACUUCAUAUCAUAUAAUAUGUUGAAAGCUUUGUUAGAAGAGAUUGAAGGCUUGUUCCGAGAGAUAUGUUAUAGCUGUUGAAUAUGUGAUGAAUUAAUGUUCAAUGUUAUUUACUGCUGAAAAAAUGAAGUAAAAAUAAAAUUUCAGCAAAUCCAGAGUUAUAG